CGGACUAUGUACAAACUUUCUGUACAGAGUACUAUACAAGUUUUAAAAAGUAUUUUUGUCGGCUCACUUCGGCCAUCGUAUGAAAGAGACAACAAGAAAUCCAUGUAGAAUAGGCGAAAAAUAUCUUUACUCCAGUCACUAAACAAUUUUAAAUUGUGCGAGGAGUAAUUGUGGUAAAUUGAUGCGGGAUUGUCAAUAAGAUAGUUAGCCAUCAGAGCAUAAAGGACCAAAAAGAUGUAAACACUUUUAGGGCAGUUAAAUAUGCCUUCAGUGAAUUUAUUUAUAUUCACUCUGAGGUUCGGAAUAAUAGUUUAUUAUUAUAAUACAUAAUAGUUUAUACGCAUUUUAAAAGCCACUAGUGUAAGUAUAGAAAGAGACGGGUUCAUACUGAGCAACUUAUAUUUCAUUUAAGAAGACUUACAACAUGUAUUUAGGAGAUAAGGAGAAUAAUGGUACCCACUGACGACAAAACGAGUAAAGAAGUGGAAAUUGGUAUUGCAAGGCCUCUAGAUGGGAGAUACGGAUGGGUUAUUGUUUUUGCAGCGUUCAUGAUGAACUUUAUUGUUUUUGGAAUACUCAACUCAUUUGGAAUACUGUUUGUUGAAUUGUCAGAGGAACUUCAGACAGGAAAAGCAGCAACUGCGUGGAUCAGUUCAAUAACCUUUGGAACUUUGAUGGUAUCGAGUCCAGUAUCAAGUGUAUUGUCAACCCGGCAUGGGAAUCGGAUGAUUAGCAUUAUUGGAUCUUUGAUAGCUGGGAUCGGGUUUAUAUCUAGUGGAUUUACUGAAAAUAUUUAUUUUCUGUAUGUCUCACUUGGACUUGUUUCAGGGAUUGGAUUUGGAUUGGUAUAUUUACCUUUUGUCGUUUCUGUUGGUAUCUAUUUUGAAAAGAAGAAAUCAUUUGCAAUGGGUAUUUCUGUUUGUGGAACUGGUGUUGGAACUUUUAUAUUUGCACCGAUUGUGGAAGGACUUCUAAAUGAAUAUGGAUGGAAAGGUUCAACUCUAAUUCUUGGGGGAAUAGUUCUAAACCUAGCAGUGUUCGCUUCGUUAUUGAGACCGCAUGUAAACCAUUUUGACAAUGAUAAAUACAUUUGUAUAAAUACAGAGGAAACUUCUGAUCCAGAUUUAUAUUCUGUACCUCAAAAUGUUGCCUAUGAUAUCAGUUCAAAUAAUUUUUCGGAGGUAAGCAAAACUUGUGAUUUUGAUUUAUUAACUGUUAAAACUUACGAUGCAAAACUUUUCGAAGAAACAGAGAAAUUUCUUGCUAAUAAGCAAAUAGUGCUGUCAGCUAUUUGCAAAAGUAAUUUAUGUCCGAAGGAAGAGGGAGAUUUUAAAAAUGUACCAAAAGAACAUACGUUCACACGAAUACUUAAGUCAGCGUUAUCAUAUUAUGAUUUUUCUUUAUUCAAAAAUUUUAUCUUUAUAAUUUUUUUGUUUUCUAACUUCAUUAUAAUGCUUGGUUUGAAUGCUCCAUACAUAUACUUGCCUGAUCGAUCACAGGAAAAGGGUGUUAGUAAAUCUGACAGCGCCCUUUUUAUAUCCGUUAUUGGAAUAGCAAACAUGGCUGGUCGCAUUGUGAUUGGCUGGUUAGCAGACCGAAAGUGGGUCAAUCGUCUGCUGUUAUACAGCACUUCAAUGGUGGUUUGUGGAUUGGCUACUAUUAUCAAUCCUUUUAAUGACAGUGUGGAAUAUUUGAUGGUUUAUUCAGCGUUGUUUGGAUGUUUUAGUGGUGUGUUCGUCUGUUUGUAUGCUAUAAUACUUAUAGAUUUAUUAGGAUUAGAGAAAUUUAGUAAUGCUUUAGGAAUUGUCAUAAUGGUGCAAGGAAUAGCAUCAUUUAUUGGACCACCAGCUGCAGGGUGGCUUUACAGCAAAACUGGGAAUUACAAUACUUCUUUCUAUGCAAUCGGCGCUGUGUUAAUAUUUGGUGGACUAUUAGUAUCUCUUAUACCAGUAGCACGCAAAUAUUUCAUCAAACAAACAUUAAUGCUUGAUACUGAGUGUGAGGUUAUAGAGAAAACAUACUGUUGACAAUUUCAGAAAUUAUCUGAUUCUUCUUCGAAUGAAAGGUCAAAACGAAAUCGAACAUUAAGUACGGAUCAGCCAUUUGUAAUAUUUUUAGUAAUACAAUUAUCGCAUAAGAUACCCUCAAUAGCUAUGUUAAAGUCUUGUAAGAAUCGAGCCUUUCAGCUUUUUCUGCAUGACGGUCUGGAUGGCAGUUCUUCGUUUCUGUAUUCUUAAAUUUUUUGGGCCAUUUUUCUUUAUCUUUAAAAGAUAACGCUUAUUCUGUAAAAUUAUCACGAAACUUAUUUUACUAUUAAAUUGAACUGUAAUCAUCUGAUUUAUUAAUUUUGUAAAUCGUUCAUUUCUGUAAUCAGUAUUGCAUUACCAGAUUAUUUUAUUUCCCAGUUAUUCUUUAUACUUUUGCAUCCCGUUAUUCUCUAUAUUUUAUUUUUCCCUCAUUUUAUCUUUUAGGUCACUAUUCUGCAUUCUGUAAAUCUCCUCCAGACCUGUCUGCAUGUUGAAGGUCUCGUUGUGACUUUAAUAUCAAGCACGGGAAUAAAACUGCUGUUCCGAAGCUUAGGGUUUUUACUAAUCCUGAUCUUCAGUUUGUGUCAUCUCCCCCUCUUCGCCGAAAAAACUUGGUUUUGAAUUAAAUAGCUUUGUCUUUAUAUGAAAUAGUACAUGUAGAUUAUUUAAGACACCCCCACGUAAAUCUACAUGUGUAUAUUAUUCUGUUUUCUGAUUUUGCUGUAUGAUUAAUUUAAAAACCUCUCAUCACUUUCUUUUGACAUUAUUGCACAAGUAUAUUUAUCUGAAACUCUAUAUCAAUUGUUGUGAGAAAUCUAUUAAAGGCAAUACAAAAAUAAUUACCAGGGUCUUUUAUAUUGAUACUUUAAUCACAAUAGUAUAGGAGGUGUUGCUUUUUGGGAAAUUUAUAUUCUUUUGAAUAGGUUUACUUAUUUUGCUACACAUGAUGUAUUUAUAAAAUGAAAAGGUGGCACUUUUUACGUGUACUUAAACAUAUGUCUCCGCUUUAUCUAUAUCACACAAAGAACUCGCUCAAGUAAAGUACUAGUACACGACACCCGGGGACAAAAUAUAUGGUGUAUUGUUAAGUUUUUGUCAUGAGGAUACAUAUGGUUAAGGGUUGGGAUAUUAACUUAUUUUACAAUGUACCAAUUUUUAACUCUGAAAAUGUUAUAUGAAUAUUUUUACUUGUCUGUAUAUAUUCAUUGCAUAUGAUGUUAGACGCAUUUGUGGAUACCCCGUCCGCAAGUGCCCCCGUUGUAAAGGGGUAGAUUCUAAAUAAAUAUAUAUAUAUAUUUAAAUAUAA